AUGACUUUUUCCAUUGCUGGGCUGAACCAAGGCGCCGAGGAGGGCUCCGCCUUGUCCUCAGCCGGCCUUCGAGCUCAGCCUGACGAUGCGAGGCUCCCUCUCAGAUUAGCGGCACAGACCGGAGAUUCACAGGUCUGCGCCAUCUGCCUCGGAGGCGUCACGGAGGCUUUCCACAAGAGCUGCGUGCUUCCUUGGAUCCGCAGUGGCAAGUUUGUCAUGUCCCUUGGGCCGCUGCACCGUGUGCUGGGCUUACGGCUUUCCUGGCUGACAGUUCGGCAAAAUCCCUGCCACGAGACAAGGCCAGCAGCUGCACGUCUGGGACGCCGCGAGAUGAUCUUCCCAACGCAGUCGGCCGGGAAGCCCAGGCCCCUCCACAUGCACGAAAAUGCGUGGGUCUCGGACUGGAGCUGUGAACCUGAAGCAUCGCGGGCAACCUUGCAGUAUACUUCUGCCGCCGCUUCAAGAAGCAAGGGUAGUUUGCAAAAGUGCACAUCCAUGGUCAUGAUGCUUCUAAAAUGCGCUCUUGUGGCGCUUGCCGCUGUGGAAGCCGUGAGAUACGACACUGCAAGCCGCAGUGCAGAGCCGGUGGCAGUCAACACGGUAAAGGAGUGCGGCGACAUGUCUAUGCAUGUUUCUGGGACCUCCGACGAGGGCGAAACCAUUGACGAGACGUCGUGGUUGGACUCUGACAUUGUCAAUAGUUUCGGCGGUUACCCGAUAUUCCAGCGGCAGACUUCCGACGGCAGGCGUCUGCAGUAUUAUCUUGGUUGCAAUCACAUGGGGCACGCGGUCCUGUAUUUCGAUGAGCUUGAUGACGAUGGGGAGCCUGUGCCCGGCACUUUCGCAGUCCGUCAGCUGGAGAUUGGACAGCCCCUGCGAAUUUACGUGGGCAUGGACGGAGAGGGAGAGGAAGCAGCUGAGUUCUCCUGGAGCCUUCUCAUUCUGGAGACCCUGGUGCAGGGCGUAGUGACCUUCUGGGAUGAUUCUGGAGUCAGGUUCACGGAUUUUAUCGGACCUCCGCCUCCGAGAUAUACCAUGACAACGACAUCAACACCAAGGACUAUUCAACCGCAGUCCGCGUGGCGGCGAGCAAGGCGCGGGCUAUGGUUCGUCACGACCUCCACUCCAGAACCGGAGCCCGCAGAAGACGCAGAUGAGAGCCAGAGCGAAGCGGACUCGGACAUCGUGAGCAUCCAGACGGGCAGGGUGCAAAGGGCUUUGCAGCUCGAUCCUGGGACCCAGGAGGAGGCUUCGGUCACGACGGCUGUGGAUCCUGCUUCUCCCCAUCUCCGCGGCCUCACCUUUUGUCACAGAGGAGUGACCCUGGAAAUCCAGGGCACGAUGAACCGGACGGCCUCCAACAAAUCCGUCCUGAAGCCUGUGCAUCAGAAAGUCAAGGUUCCCGCGUCCUUUUACACCAAGCUGGGGGGCAUGCGGAUCUACACCAAGCAAGCACACGGGCAGCUGGACAAGGUUUACUUCUUGCGCUGUGAUUACACGAACGGCCAGCCCUUUUUGAUUAUGCGCCAGGGCGGCGAUGUGCAGGUCAGGCGCUUCAACAUCAAGUGGUGGAGGACGACAAGCAUUUCUGAAUCGCUUGGGGAGCGGUUGACGCUCCUCGCCGACCCCACCUCCGUCCCCUAUCCGGUUGUGAAGGGAUACAUCACCGUCACGCCGGACUGA